CAUUCAUUAUUUGCGUAUCAGCUGUUUAGUCGAUUUCUUUUUCUAUUUUCACAGAAAAAAAAACGUGAAUAGUUUUUUAUUUAUAUUUUAAUUGUUAUGUAAACUAGACAGAAGAAGUUUGUUGUUUUUUGUUUUGUUUUAGUUUUUUUGUUUUGAGUCAAUUUAUUCUCUUCUAUCCCAGUCUCAGUAAAUCUGCACCAAAACAAUACAAAAUGGCUGAAAUGUUUGCACGUGUCUCAUUUUAUCCAUCGCUACUAUUCAAUGUUGUCAUGGAGAAAACCACCUCGCGAAACUGGUUCGAUCGCAUCGAUGAAAAUAUUAUUUUAGGUGCUUUACCUUUUCGUUCGAUGGGUGACGAUCUUAUUAAAAAAGAAAAUCUAAAAGCUGUCAUUUCGAUGAACGAAAGUUAUGAGCUAUCUGUCUUUUCGAAUGAUGCUAUUAAAUGGGCACGAUUGGGAGUUGAAUUUCUUCAAUUGCCCACAACUGAUUUUGGAUCACCCAGUCAAGAGAAUCUCUUUCGAGGUGUCGAAUUCAUUAAUAAGUUUUUAGCCAAAGACGAUAGAAUACCAAAUCUUCGCACAACUCCGUUGCCAGAGAAUUUUGGAACAGUUUACGUUCACUGUAAAGCUGGACGAACACGUAGUUCUACACUUGUUGGAUGUUAUCUUAUGAUGAGAAAUAAUUGGACACCAGAACAAGCUGUAUAUCAUAUGAAAGAAGUACGUCCUCAUAUUGCCAUACAUAGGAAAAAUUGGGAUUCCCUUAGAACUUUUUACAGAAAUCACGUACAAAAGCAGUCUUGACAUUGGAACUUUCAAGUGUAUCUUUGUUGUCUGUUAUGUUUUAAAUCUGUACUAAAAUUUGUAAAAAAUAGUUUGUGCCAAAUUUUUAGAAGACACAUUUUUAACCGAGCAUUAUUUUAUCCAAAUAACGACUUGCUAAAUAAAAGUUGACUUU